CAAGAUGGCGGCUUUCGGUCGGUAAACGCUCGAUCGACACCGGAACCGAGUGAACGUUCCCCUCACGGACAGCAAACAGAUGCUGUGAGUGAACGAGGAGACGCGGAGACACAGACAGACUACGGAGAGAGAGAGAAGGUGGAGAAACAUGGACGCCUCGGAGUUUAUGGAGACCAUGGACCCGAGUCUGUCCGAACUGGGCGACGAGUUCACCCUCGGAGACAUCGACGAGAUGCUGCAGUUCGUCAGUAAUCAGGUGGAUUUCCCUGAUAUAUUCGAGGAUCAGAUGGGGGGCGGAGCCACAGCGAGGACCCUCCCACAGGCGGUGCCCAGCGCGAUCCUGACCCCACCACACACGCCUGUGCAGACCAGCAGCCAGACACACACACAGACACUCACACAAGCACACACGCAGACACACACGCAGACACGCACACCGCCGGUGCUGCAGCCACGACCACAACCAAUCACACAGGUGCAGACUCAGACGUUCCCCAUGCAGACUCUGGCUGUGCAGACGCAGGCGCAGCCGCAGACCGUCAUGAUCACACCCACCGCCACACCCUCACGAUUCAUCCAGAACCAGGUCAUCUGCCAGCAGAACAAUGCUACUAGCUUCCAGGUGCUGCAGCCGCAGAUGCAGAGUAUCAUGACGUCUCCGCAGGUCCAGCCAAUGACCAUCCAGCACCAGCGCGUGCUGACGCCGGCCGGACAGACCAUACAGACGCUCUCCACAGCGCCCACUACUGUACACACCAUGUCCCAGCAAGUGCCUGUGUUGGUGCACCAGCCUCAGAUCCUGAAGACGGACUCUCUGCUUCUGACCACCAAACCAGACGGCACACAGGUGCUGUCCACUGUCCAGAGCCCCACGGGCAUCACCACGCUGACCACGCCCAUCCAGACCACCGCCCUGCAGAUGCCGACGCUGAUGAGCAGCAACAUCCUGACCACCGUUCCCGUGGUGAUGGGAGGCGGAGACAAGCUGCCAAUCAAACAGCUGUCUUCAGGCCCCGCCCACAAUAUAGGCGGAGCCCGAGUGGGCGUGGAGCAGAGCCCGGUGGUGGGUCCAGGAGGAGUGGUGAAGGAGGGCGAGAGGAGAACCACGCACAACAUCAUCGAGAAACGCUACCGCUCCUCCAUCAACGACAAGAUCCUGGAGCUGCGGGACCUCGUGCUGGGCAACGACGCCAAGAUGCACAAGUCUGGUGUCCUGCGCAAAGCCAUCGACUACAUCAAAUACCUGCAGCAGGUGAACCAUAAGCUGCGGCAGGAGAACCUGACACUGAAGAUGGCCAAUCAGAAGAACAAGUCAGCGUGUGUGUCAGAUGUGGAUCUGGAGCUGAAGGCUGAGGUGUCUCUGAUCUCUCCUCCUCCGUCUGACUCCGGCUCCAGCUCUCCCGCGCAGCUCUCACCCUACUGCAUCGACUCUGAGCCGGGGAGCCCACUGCUGGAGCAUGAGCAGCUGAAGAGUGAGCCGGACUCUCCGUCGUGUGUGGGUGUGAUGGACCGCUCUCGUCUGCUGCUGUGUGCUCUCUCCUUCCUCUGCCUCUCCCUGAACCCGCUGCCAUCUCUGCUGGGCGCUGAGGCUCCGGCGGGCUCUCCUGAGGUGGCGGGUCACGGACCCACACGCACACUCUUCUCUCUGCCCGCACAGACACAGAGCUUCGGGGCGUGGCUGUGGUGUGUGCUGCCCUUCCUGCUGGUGUGGGUGGUGAGCGGAGUGGGCGUGGUCUGGGGGUGUGUCCGAGUGCUGUACCUGUGGGAGCCGGUCACGCCCCUUCACUCACCGACAUCUGUCCGAUUCUGGAGACACAGGAAACAAGCAGACCUGCAGCUCUACAGGGGUGAUUACGCGGGCGCUGUGCUCAGUCUGCAGACGUGUCUGUCAGUGUUAUCCAGAGUUCUGCCCGUCACCACUCUGGACAUCAUGUGCUCUCUCUCCUGGAACCUGAUUCGCUACUGCCUGCGGAGACCCGCCCCCCUGGGCUGGCUGGUGCGUCUGGUUGGAGGAAGGCACGAGGGGGAGGAGUCACAGACCAGCUCACGGGACGCAGCGCUGGUGUACCACAAACUCAGCCAGCUGCAGCUCACAGGUCAGAUGGAGCGGCGUCCGCUGUGGGGUGUGUGUGUGUCUCUGAGCGCCGUCAAUCUGUGUGAGAGUGCGGAGGGGAAGCUGACGGCCGCUCAGCAGGUGCAGGUGUACGUGACGGCGGCCAUCAGUGUGAGAGCAGCGCUGGGGAAACACCUCACCUGCCUGCCCGCGUAUCUGCUGAGCUGUGCCGAGGCUCUGACCUGUCAAUCGGACUCUAAGCCCCUCCCAGACUGCCUGCGCUGGAUCUUCACCCCAUUGGGCCGUCAGUUCUUCCUGAGCUGUGAUUGGUCGGUGCGGUCAGAGAGCGACGGGCAGAUCUUCACCUCUGCGAGAGAUAAAGUGGACCCCAUCGCUCAGCUGCACCGCUGCUUCUGCCAGAAACUGCUGGAGAGAGCCACGCACACACUGAUAGAGCCGCAGAGCAGAGAGGAUGCUGGGGAGUUCACUGGGGUUCUGGAGUUUCUGCAGCUGUUGAACAGCUGUACUGAAGACUCCGCCCCCUCCACCGCCCCCUUCCCUGCGCUGGCCAAUCAAAGCUCAACGUCAGUGCGGGACCCAGUGUGCCGCUGGUGGGCGUCGGUGCUGACGGCUGCUGUUCAUUGGCUGCAGGGUGAUGAUGCGUCUGUGCGCUCACUGCUGGCGGAGGCAGAGCGAAUGCCCAGAGCACUGCACACACUGGAUCACCCGCUGCCCAAGGCUGUGUUGGCGCUGUGUAAGGCUGUUCAGAUGAGUGUGUGUCCACAGAAGGGUGAGGGCGUGGUCAGCUGCCUCAGUCACUGUCAGCGCGCCAGUGCACAGCUGCACAUCAGUGUGUGUCAGUCGCACAACAACACCUGGCUGCACAAGGGGGUGGAGCUUCUGGUCUGUGACCUUCUCCUGACUCUGAGAACCAGCCUAUGGCAACGAGGAGGCGGGUCUAAUGGCGAGCCUGGUCCCGCCCCUGGGUCUCAGCUGUCAGGGUUCCAGAGGGACUUGAGCUCCCUGCGCAGACUCGGACAGGCCCACCGCCAGGCCCAGCACAAGCUGUUCCUGCACGAGACGACGGUUAGGCUGAUGGCAGGAGCCAGUCCCACACGCACACACCAGCUGCUGCGACACCGAACACACAACUACACCACCACAGACGGCGAGUGUGUGUUGGGCGAGCGCGAGAGGGCUCAUGCUAUCCUGCUAGCGUGUCGUCACCUGCCGCUGCCCCUGCUAACACCACCGGGACACCGAGCGCGCCUGCUAGCGGAGGCUAAACGCACGCUGGAGAGAGUAGGAGACCGCCGGAGCCUGCAGGACUGCCAACACAUACUGCUGAGACUGAGCGGAGGGACCACCAUCGCUGCGUCAUAACACACACACACACACACACACACACACAUAUAUGCUGCAGAGGCUGAGCGGAGGGACCACCAUCACUGCAUCAUAACACACACACACACACAAACACACACACUGAUACAUAUAAAGAUUCACAUUGAAACACACACACACCCUGAUACACAUUUACACACACACACAGUGGUACAUAAACACACUGAUACUCAUACACUGAUGCACACACACGCUCACACAGAUGCUGGUGUUGGUGGCUUAUGAGGACUCUCCAUAGGUGUAAUGGGUUUUCUACAGUAUAAAUGGCUUAUUAUAACCCCCCCCCCACACACACACACACACACACACACAUGCAUACUCACACAUACAAUCUCUCACACACAGACACUGACUCUGCUUGAGAUAUAUGCUAGUGAUGAUCAUGUUAAUAUUAGAGAUGUGUAUAUAUUAGUUUCACACACACACACACACACACACACACACACGCACGGUUCAGUUUCACAUAGGAAAUAAUAUGCUUGUGUAUCUGCAGCUAUCUCUCACACACACACACACACACACACGUUGUACAGAACUGUGUCUUAUAGACCAAAGUCUUCUAGCGCUAGUGCGACACACACACACACACAUGUGAGGGAUAUUAUUAUUAUUGUUGUUGUUGUUGUUGUUCUGCUGAUGAUCUGCUCCAUCAUGUUUAGUUUGUGUUUUUAUUCUUUUCUAUCUGCAGACGUGUCGGCGAGACCUUUGAUAAGAAUACACACACACACACACUCUUCAGAUGUGUGUGUGUAUGUAGUGAUGUAAUGCUGUAAUCUAGCCGUGUUUUCUGUAAUAACUCUCUCUCUGCUUCUCUGUCGUGUGGUCUGGGUUUAUACGUCUUUUAAAGGGUUUGUUUUGUAAUAAACAGGAGAUGAAGCCGUUGAAGAA